AUGGGAGUAGAUGUAAUAAUUGGAGUAGCCUUGGCUGUUGGGGAAGAUGUGCCGGUGUUGGGGAUAGAUGUGGCACCGACAGGAGUAGAUGCGCCAAUAGCAGCAGGCAGGGCAACAGGUGUUGCUGGUGUGUUGGCAGCUGCUGUAGCAGUGCGUGGGGGGACUGUGGUUGCUACAGCCGCUGAGAGUGGAGUAAGGCGAGGAGUGAGGAGGGCUGGCUGUGUUACAGCUGGUGCUGCAGGAGUGGCAGGUAAUGGCUGUGAUACAGCUGCUGCUCCAGGAGUGGUAGACACCAGCUUUGCUACAGCUGUUUCUGCAGCAGGAGUGGCAGGCAAUGGCUGUGAUACAGCUGCAGGAGUGACAGGUACCAGCUUUGCUACAGCUGCUCCUGCAGCAGAAGUGGCAGGCAGUGCUACAGCUGCUGCUACAGGAGUGGCAGGCACAGGUUUCGCUACAGAUGUUGCAGGAGCGACAGGUACCAGCUUUGCUACAGCCGCUGCCGCUGCAGGGGUGGCAGGCACUGACUGUGCUACAACUGCUGCUGCAGGACUGGCAGGCAGCGUCUUUGUUACAGCUGCUAAUAGGGACGGGGAUGAUACUGCAGGGCGUGGUGUUGCUGAUGGUGUUGCUGUUGUUCCUGCUACAGGCUUCACUGUUGCUGCUGACGUGGCAGGUGAUGCAGGUGAUGCAGGUGGUGACGUGGCAGAUGUGCCACCCGUCCCACGAAGCAUGGUGCCACCUGCACCUACUCCUCUCCCUUCAACUACUCUCCCUUCACCUCCACCUGCUGCCGCCCCUGCUAUCACUCCGGUGCCUCCUUUGCCUCCUGCUGCUGCUCCCAGAGCAACUCCACCUGAUAAUGCCCCUGCAGUCACUCCUGAUGUACGUCCUGUGGUGGCUUUGGCUGCUGUUCCCAUAACAACUGCACCUGCUGCUGUCCCUGCUAAUGUUCCUGUUCUGCUACCUGCGGUGACCAUAGGGCUAGGAGAGAGAAUGCUUUUGCUGCUGGUAACCGGAGCAGAGACCUGA